CUUGCACACACUGCCGUCUCUGUCCUCACACAUCACUCACCUUCAGAGAAGCAAUGGAGGAUUUAGUUUUUCUUCUGGUUUUGCUCCAAACUGUAACUGUACAGAUGAGCUCUGUGCAUUCUGUAGCAGCCACCAGUCGGGUCUGUCCAAGCUCUGUAACGUACACAAGUGAACGGUCAGGCCUGUGCUGCGAUCGAUGUCCCCCAGGACAUAAGCUGAAGGAGGAAUGCACUGAAACUAAUGACUCUGUCUGUGAACCAUGUGGACCAGACCAGUAUAAUGAGAACUGGAACUUUGCCUCAAACUGCAUCUCCUGUGUCAAAUGCAAAGAUGUGAAGGGUCUGCAGUAUGCACAGAACUGCUCCUCCACUAAAAGGGCUAAGUGUGAGUGCAAGUCGGGCAGGUACUGUGCCAUUGGAAAUGCCAAUGGCCAGUGUCAGGAAUGUGCCGCCUACAGAAAAUGCAAAAAAGGAUUUGGUGCAUCAAAGCCAGUGACAAAUACAUCUAAUGUAACAUGUAAAAAGUGUCCAGAGGGGACUUUCUCUGACACUAUCUCCACUGAAGCCUGCAAACCCCACUCAAUCUGCGGUGAAAGCCACAUUAUCAGUAAAGGCAAUGCCACUUCAGACACAGUAUGCAAAGUUGCUGCAAGCACCCAACCCACGGUCAUGCUUAAGACCAAACCAGAAUCUACAGUAAUGCCAGGAAUUCAAGUUACUGAGCACAAGACAAUUCCCAAACAAAUCUCAAACUCCCCAGGUCCUAGCAAUUUUAGUUCUUCAACAGAACGUUUCAGUCGGACAAUAAGCGAAGUGCCGCUGGACACUGGACCAGAUAAACAACUAGCUGCGGGCUUUGGAAGUGUUGCUGGCAUCUUUCUGAUUCUCAUUGUGGUAGUUCUGGUAGUAUUUCGUAAACAAGUCUUCAAGAAAGCUACUGUAGACAAUGAAAAUGGAAACUGUGACACAGACAGUGAUAAUACAAACCUCUGUUAUCUGGAUACUGAGCAUUCGUGUUUCAAAGCUGUGCAGCCAGAACAACAGUGUCUUCUUGAGAAUGGGGAUGCCAACCAAAAUCACUGCAUUAGCAACUGCAAAUCUAAUGGACAACUACAGUCAACAAUACCUGUUUGCCAACCUCAGUCUGCUUUGUCCGAGCCUCUUCCUCUCCACUCCAACGUGGAUCAAGUUUUUUCCCAAAUUGGUACAAGUUUGCAGUCUUCUUCACAGCCCACAAGUCCACAAAGCAUGGUCCCAAGUCCUCUGGUCAAUGUCAACAUCAAUUUGCAUAUUGGUGGACCUCCAGGUGUGAUGCUCACAGACAUACCGCCAGCAGAGCCUAAAAUCCCUUUUGGAGAGGAAGAGGAGAGUUGUAGUCUUCUGCAGCAGGAAGAUGGCAAGCCCUCACUGCUGUCUGUGGAAGAAAGUGGAAAUUUGAAUAAUAUGUCAACAAAAACACUAGACCAGUCUGUGUAAAUAGUUGUUUUAAAAGGGUGGGGAGUCGAUGUUUGUUGUGGGUUUGAACAAAACAUCGAACGGAAAGGUGGACUUGACAGCGAUGUGAGGUACAGCUCUUGCUACAUGUUUUAUUGAUGCAAAAGUCAGAUGGCUGUGCACACUGAUAAUGUUGUUUAUAUGCACAAAAGUAUUAAUGUAAAAAAUGAAUGUAAAUAAUUGUAAAAUAAGAAGUCUAAUUGUAAAUUCCUACUUGUUAUUUUUAUUUUAUUUUUUUGUUUUUCUGUCUACUCUUAAACAGCAGAGGAUUGUUAUUAUUUAGUCAAAAGAGUUCUACCACUCUGCUGUGUUGGUAUGAGCUGAUUUUAUGUGCAACAAAAUAGUAAAAUCAGCUAAAAUGUAAAGAAAUCAGAACAUUAGUAUGUAUAUGUGUGAGUGUGUAGCCUAUGUGGUUGACGUGAUCAAAAUUAUAAUUCAACAAAAAAGUUCUCAUGAAGGAUCUAGCCUAAAGUAAAGAAAACAAAGUGUUUUUAUAAUUGUAAUGUAAUAGGGAAAUAGCUUAAGGACAUUGAAAUGUUGUUUAAAGCUAAAUAAACUUAUUAACUCU